GGCGAGUCGGCAGCCCUCUGACUUACACCACUGACUUUAUUCUAUGCGGCUAAUUUUGUGUGGAUUCUGCUAAGUUUGGGGUAUUUGGCUUUUUGUAUUACUCAGAGUUACCUCACUACUGUUUUAUACCACGUGUGUAGCUGCUUCUCGGUGGAGACGUUGGCGUCAAAUGUUAACAAGUAAACGAGGAAAUGCAACGCUGGUUGAGGAAGAAGAAGAAUGGGAUUUUGGCAAUUCUGCUUCUCAUCGGAGGGCUGUACUUCAUUAACCAUUCACACAUCUUCAUUUCUGACAUGACACCAAUGCAAAAUAUUUCACCUUUGCCAGGAGAGGUGUUUGUUAAUAAAGAGUCCUGGGUUGAACAGGGAAAUUAUCUGCGUCUCAAUGUCUCCUAUCAGCUGCUUGCUGGAGCACCAUCUGCUCAACAAAGAUUUUUAUCCAUUGGAUUAUCAUCGGUGAAGAGGAAAAAGGGCAACUACCUAAUACCCACCUUGCAGUCCCUCUUCUCCCAGUCUUCGACUGAGGAGCGCUCCUCUUUAGUAGUGGUGGUGCUGCUAGCAGAUUUUGAUGUCAGCUGGAGAGAGAGUACAGUGAAGGAGAUCAAAACUGCAUUUGCCUCUGAGCUGGAACAAGGCCAGCUUGUUGUCCUCCAUGUUCCUGAGGAUUGGUACCCUCCUCUUACAGGUCUAAAGAGGAACUUCAAUGAUGCUCCGGACAGGGUAUCUUUUCGUUCCAAGCAGAACUUGGAUUACUCCUUCCUGAUCCAAUACAGUUCUGGUCUUGGCCGAUACUACCUCCAGCUGGAGGAUGACAUCUCCUCUGCAACAAACUUCCUUACCUCUAUCAAGAGGCAUGUUGAGGAGCAAGAGGUGAAGAAAACCACCUGGGUAAUGCUGGAGUUCUCAAAACUCGGCUACAUUGGGAAACUCUACAAAUCAUCCCAUCUUCCUCUCCUGGCACGCUUCCUCUUCCUCUUCUACCAGGAAAUGCCCUGUGACUGGUUGAUGUCUCACUUUAGAGAGCUGCUGGCACAGAAAGAGUCAAUCCUCUUCAAACCCUCACUGUUCCAACACAUGGGAACCUUCUCCUCAUUCCAAGGAACAUACAACAAGCUAAAGGACAAGGACUUUGAGGAGGGGUUCUAUGUCAAUCCAUCAGCUGAGGUUUACACUGAUAUGUCCACUUAUCAGAAAUACUUCCCCAAAUUGGCCUGGGACGCUGGGGAGGGAUUCUUCUGGGGACGCUCCCCAGAAAAUGGAAAUUAUCUGACUGUGGUGUUCAUAGACUCUAAAGUAUUGACAGGGAUGUUAAUAGAAACAGGGUCAGGUGGCAAAGACCUCCUGGAGUCAGCUCAGGUUCAGAUAGGCCAUGAUGUGGUUACUAUCCAGAAAAAUGAGAAGAGUUGUAAAGAGUUCCAGUCAGUGGGGACAUUAAAGAAUGGGAGGUUUGAGAUGCAGGAAAUGGACCAAAAGUAUAGCUCCGCCUCUUCCUGUCUGAGGAUACAAGUCACAGCUAGUCAGAAGGAUUGGGUGAUCAUUAGGAAAAUCAGGGUCUUUACAAGUACACCUCGUCAUUUAGCAUUGGAGUGAAAGUUUUCUCCCUACCACAUUAACAGGGUUCUCCCCAGAAUUUUUUAGUGUAGUGGGGGGGGCUCCUCACCAUCAGCCAGGGGACGGACGGACGCUCGUCACCGUCAGCGAGGGGGUUGAGAAGAGGAGAAGACCGCGGCAGCCCACAAACACCCGCUAUAAAGCAGCUAGCGGCGCAGUGCUGUUGUUCCACUGUCUGACAUUAAUAAUUAAUCUUGGUCAUCUGAUGUGCCUUGUGUAGGUGUUGUAGAUUGGUGCAUAUCACACAUCAGUACCAAUACAUACAAUACAGCAGUUGAUUAAUCUCAGCCGACAGAUACAGGAUGGCCUCUAUCUUGUAUAUAAGAUAAACAUGUGUCUUUUGUGUCUUACUAAGCAAACAGUCCAGUCCUGAAUCAAACUGUUGUAAGGCUGCUGUCAAGAUGAAGUACAAUGUUUCACCAAGCUCUGUGAUAUGUUGUGUCUCUUAAGUUUGCAAUAAUAAAAGUGUUUCCUGUAA